ACACACACACACACACACACACUCAAACGUUACAAACGUUUUGUCUUUUAUACUUUCAGUUUAAGGAUUUGCUGAACUUUUGCUUUCGCUUCUGUCGAUCGAAGUGGACCAAGAUUACCAAAAGCUUUUACAUUCAUUUACUUAACAGCUUUCAACAAAGACAAAAGAGUCCACUGAGUCCAGGGGACAGCCCAAGACAGAGUUAGCUCUCUUCACCAGCUUGUCCAGCUUCUUUUUGGCAGUGUGAGCAGUGUGAGCAAAAAUUAGAAACCUCAGGGAAAUUAAGGGUAUGGAUUAAUUUAUUCACGUUAAAAAGCUGGGUUUGGUGUUGACACAGACUUAAUCAACAUUUUGAAAUUAACUCCAAGAUGAACUCCAAGCUUACUGAGACGCAGCAGAAAGCAAUCUGCUCUAAGCUGGGAAAUGUCAAACUAAAAUUGCUCUACAAAGCCAGCAUCCAUGGUUUCACUGGAGCAGAUUUCCACCAACACUGUGACAACAAGUCAGCCACGGUGUCUGUGGGCUACAACAAAUCUGGACAUGUGUUUGGAGGCUACACCAGUCAACCGUUCAGUCAGUCUAGACAGUUUGUAAAUGACGACCAGGCCUUUCUGUUCUCCUUCAGUAGAGAAAAGCUCAACACAUAUCCAGUCACUAAUGCUCCAUAUGCAGUGAAAAUGGACAUGAAUAGCGGUCCUAACUUUGGGGACACAUUGAUUCUUGUCUAUAAGAACAGAAAAGAAAUGUACAGCAAUCCAGGUAGUUUGGGAAGUUCUUUUCACAAAAAAUUGUACAACUUCACUGCUGAAAAGAUGCAUGGCAAUAACUUGGAUCUGACUGAAUGUGAAGUUUACCAGGUGGAAGAAUCCUCCCAAUUUGAAAACCCAUGGAGGACAGUGAAUUGGAAUUCUGAGCAAAAGAAGACGUUGAUGGAGAGAAUUGAAUCCUACAAACCCUCGAUCAGUUCCGUGUCUGAAGCACGGGUUUUACUUGUUGGACCAGUCGGAGCUGGAAAAUCCAGCUUCUUCAAUUCUUUCAAAUCUAUAUUUAAAGGUCAUAUCACCAGCCAGGCCACACCUGGAACCUCAUCUACCAGCGUGACAACACUGUUUCGCAGCUACACCGUGACACCUGGACGUGAAGGCAAAUCUCUGCCCCUUGUCUUUUGUGACACCAUGGGACUGGAGGCAGAAGUGGGGGCGGGGCUUAAUAUUGCUGAGAUCAGUAACAUCAUUAAUGGUCACAUACCUGACCGUUAUCAGUUCAACUCCUCUGUUCCUCUGCAAUCAGAGGCUCAAACUUUCCGCAAGAAUCCAGAACUUAAAGACAAGAUCCACUGUGUGGCUUAUGUCAUAGAUGCCAGCAAGAUCUCCAUCAUGUCCCAAAAGAUGGAAGAUAAGCUCAAAGCUAUCCGCAAAACAGUCAACUCGUCAGGGAUCCCUCAGCUGGUGUUGCUCACUAAAAUAGAUGAAGUCUGCCCUUUGGUGAAAGAAGACAUCACAAAUGUCUACAAGAGCAUAUAUAUCAAGGAAUUAAUGCAGGAGGCUUCCAUUCGUAUUGGUGUACCUUUGUUCUGCGUUGUUCCAGUGAAGAACUACAGUGAGGUGCUGAGACUGGACACAAACAUCGACAUCCUGCUGCUCAGUGCGGUCGAUCAGAUGCUUCACCUUGUGGAUGACUUCUAUGAUGAGCAAAGAAAAUGAAUGAGCAGUGAUCCUCUACAGCAGGGGUCGGGAACCUAUGGCUCGCGAGCCAUAUAUGGCUCUUUUGAUGGUCACAUGUGCAGAC